CUCCCCCUAUGUAGACAGUGUCUGGGGUUUCUAUCACAGGUGGCCAGUGUAAUUCUGAGCAGCAGCUGUGGUCCCGCCAGCCUGGGCUGCAGAAGCAGCAAACUUUAUUCCUGGCUACGGCUCCAGAAAGCCACACUUCUCCGAGGGUUUGGAAUUGUUUCCUUUUAGAUCUUGAAAGUUCCUCUUCAGCCCUUGUUUACUGUGACAUUUCUGGACACCUAUCCCAGGUCCCUGACCCUCUCAGACUCAAACCAUGAGCCUUCGGCAGCUGCUGUUGCGCUUGUCCGGUUAUCUCCGGGCUUCUGGUCCCCCAUAUCAACAGUGGUGGUGCUCCAGAUCCCUCGACACCAUCUCCUCGGUAGGCUCCUGGCGUGGCCGAUCUUCUAGGUGUCCAGCCCACUGGAAUCAGGUGGUGUCAGAGGCAGAGAAGAUCGUGGGCUAUCCCGCAUCCUUCAUGAGCCUCCGCUGUCUGCUGAGUGACGAGCUCAGCAACAUCGCUAUGCAGGUUCGGAAGCUGGUGGGGACUCAGCACCCUCUGCUUACCACUGCCAGGGGCCUUGUGCAUGACAGCCGGCAUAACCUUCAGCUCCGGGGCCUGGUGGUGCUGCUCAUUUCUAAAGCAGCAGGGCCCAGCACUGGGAACUCUUCAUGUGAGAACUACAACAUGGUCAGUGGGAUAUACCCAAGUCAAAGAAGUUUGGCAGAGAUCACAGAACUUAUCCACACCGCUCUUCUGGUGCAUCGUGGGAUAGUAAAUUUAAGUGAACUACAGUCUUCUGAUGGACCACUGAAAGACAUGCAGUUUGGAAACAAAAUAGCCAUCCUGAGUGGAGACUUUCUCUUAGCAAAUGCCUGCAAUGGACUAGCUCUUCUACAGAACACAAAGGUUGUGGAACUUUUAGCAAGUGCUCUUAUGGACUUGGUGCAAGGGGUCUACCGGGAAAACUCUGCUUCCACCAAGGAAAGUUGUAUAACGAAUGACAUUGGAAUGCCGACCUGGAAGGAGCAGACUUUUCUGUCCCAUUGUGCCUUGCUAGCGAAGAGCUGCCAGGCUGCAAUGGAACUAGCCAAGCAUGGCGCUGAGGUCCAGGACAUGGCGUUUCAGUAUGGGAAGCACAUGGCCAUGAGUCAUAAGAUAAACUCUGACCUCCAGCCCUUUAUUAAAGACAAGAGUAGCGACUAUAAGACUUUUAACCUAAACUCAGCACCUGUAGUCUUGCAUCGGGAGUUUCUUGGAAGGGAUUUGUGGAUUAAGCAGGUUGGAGAGGCUCAAGAAAAAGGAAGAUUGAACUACACCAAGUUGCGAGAAACAAUCAAAGCUGGCAAAGGUGUGACUUCAGCUAUUGACCUGUGUCGUUACCAUGGAAACAAGGCCCUGGAGGCCCUGGAGAGCUUUCCUCCCUCAGAGGCCAGAUCUGCUUUAGAAAACAUUGUGUUUGCUGUGACCAGAUUUUCCUGACACCAAAUUAAAAAGACACUAUUGUUCCUUAGCUGAAAAACCCAGAGAAUGCGUGGACAGGAGAGCUUUGUGAGGAAAUAACUAAUGUGUUAAUGACUUUUAAAAUACAUGUGUUUUUUACCUGUCCUUUAUCUCAUGCUUAAUGAAUCUACCUUUUGGAACCACUACAAACAAAAUGGGAAGGAAAAAAGGUCACACGGUUUUCACUUCUCACACCAGAGCACACUUGAAGCUGCAGCAACAGCAAUAAUUAAUGAGACUCGCUCCUGUGACCUCAGCAAAUGGACAGGAAACAAGUCCUUAUUGAUUGGACCAAGCCAGGGAUGGCGCCAGGGCAGUGGCUGUGGUUUUCCUUCUAAAGAGGAUAGAGCAAGCUGGAAGCUGCAGGUGUCAAGAGAAAUGCUGGAUGCCAGCCAGGGGAGACACACCAAACCUCGUGACCACCUCGUGCUGUACUGGAGAACAGUUCCAUGAGUUAAACAAAAAUAUGUCCUCCUGCCAUCUUGAAAUCAUGUCUCUGUGGGCUUAAUGUGAGGCUAGUGCAUCGUGGUUUUUAUCAGAUUGGGAAGAGGUGGGGCAAAUGUUAACAAGUUGCUAAAUACUUGAAAUUGGAUAUUAAAGGUUACCAAGUGUUGAUUCAAUUGUAUAAGAAA